GGUGGGCCUAUUAUGUGCUCGCCUUAGUGACACUCUUGUUUAAAGAUCUGUUUGUUGGGAUGCACUUGACCUUUCAAGCCAAUGCCAUUUGCAGUAUUUUGUAUGUCUUGGUAUGUGUUUGAAAAUUCCAUUGAUCAUUUAAUUUGGCCACGCAUCAAAGAUGAUCAUUCAUCACAUAUCGCGCAUUUCUUUUCAACUUGGAAGAAUACGACCCCUUCACCUGACAGUACUUAAACAUCUACCUUCUCUGAAAUGUCGUUCCACCAAACCUAUCGCUUUAUCAGUAUGCUGGGCUUUCAUUGGUGUAGCAUCAUAUAGACACUUGCCACAUUUUACAAUAGGAAGAGCAUCAUGUCAAGAGGCAAUUCUAGAGCAUCCUAUUGUUUCACAGUCUGGUAGAGUUCAUUCUAUCAAAUCAUUAUUAGUUGGACAGCUACGACUCUGGCAUCACGUUGCUGUGAUUCUUUCAUCAAAUCUUGUUCAAUGUGUCCUUGUGUCCCUCCGCUACAUCCGUAAUUCCAUCCUCUUUGGACCACUCCUCUUCUCCUACCCGCUUGUACACCUGUUCCCAGACAGGCUACAGGCCGUUUGGCUGCGUGCUCUCCUGCGAUCUGUUGAACUCUCUGGACCCACCUUCAUCAAGCUUGGACAGUGGGCCAGUACCAGAAGAGACAUCUUUCCUCAGGACUUUUGUGACCAACUCUCCAAGCUACACCGCAAUGCUCCGAGCCAUUCCUUGGAAUACACAGAAAAGGCUUUGGAACAUGCAUUUGGCAUGUUAUGGAAAGAUAUCUUUAGGUUGGAAUCUGGCAAUGAAACUGUGUACUCAGGAUGUGUAGGACAAGUUCAUAAGGCAUAUAUGAGGCUAGAUGUCUACAAAGCUAUUAUGGAAGGCAGAGAUAAGGGACUUAGAGAUUGGAGGAUGAGACUAUUAGAUCCAGUCAGGGAUGAAGGAGAGUGGAUUCCUGUUGCUGUCAAGGUCCUCCAUCCUGGUAUCUAUGAGUGUGUUCAUCUAGAUCUGAGGAUUAUCCAUGUAUUUGCUAGAAUUCUUAAUCUUAUUCCUGGUCUACACUGGCUCAGCCCUGUUGACCUGGUGGAUGAGUUUGAAUCUCUCGUGAAAAAUCAGAUAAACCUUAAAUUAGAAGCAGAAAAUCUAGACAAAUUUCAUCAAAACUUUUCCAAAGUGCCUCAUAUAAAAGUACCUCAACCAGUCUGGCCGUUUGUCACAGAAGAUAUCCUAGUUGAAACAUUUGAGAGUGGUCAGAGUAUUUCAACCUUUAUAUCACAUGAUCCUGACAACCUUGAUGAGAAAGGGAUCAAGAAGAUUCUAGCAAAAAUGGGAGUGGAUGUGAUUUUAAAGAUGAUCUUUGUGGAUAACUUUGUGCAUGCAGAUCUUCACCCUGGGAACAUCCUAGUCCAGGGUGUAGAGGAGGCCCUGGACCAACCCAGUAGGACUGUAGACUUUCAUGAUCAUAUUACAGAGUUCCAAGUCUACCUCAAGCACACUACAAAUCCACUGAAGUUAGUUCUCCUAGACACCGGUAUCACAUCGCAUCUAGAGGAGAGGGAUUUCAACAACUUCUACCAAGUUUUUACUGCAAUAGUACUUUGCAAGGGAGAUGUUGUUGCAGAAUUGUUUGUUGAACAUGCAUCUUCGAAUGAAUGCAAAGAUGUGGAGAAAUUUAAAGAUGACAUGUCUGCAUUGGUAGAGAAGGCUCAUGAGCAAACUCUUCAACUGAGCAAGAUGCAAGUAGGCCAGCUGUUGAGGGAACUCUUUGCACUUAUGAUUCAUCACAAGGUGAAGUUAGAGAGUAAUUUUGCAUCCAUCAUCCUUGCCAUCAUGGUCUUAGAAGGACUCGGUCGCUCCCUUGAUCCACAUCUUGAUAUUCUUGAAGCAGCAAAGCCAGUGCUACUAGGGAGGUGAUAAUAGUCGAUACCAAAUCCACCAUCAAAUGCAGCUAUAUUGUUAUAUAAGAGAUUUAGAUGAGUACUAUAUCCCAGCAUUAAAUUCAGGGAGAAUGAUAGUGUUUGUGUUGUCCUUGUUGACAUACCAGCAAUAUGCCAUAGCCAUCUUUAAAAACAUCAACUCUAUAUAUCCCGUAACUUCCUUAUUCCUCUUCCAGAGAGCAACUUUUUGACCCUGUUGUAUAGUAAUAUAUGUCCUCUAGAAUGAUGACAAAUUUAUUUGUUACUAAUUACAGCAUUCAUACUGUAAGAUGCCAAAGAAAAAAAAAUCAUGUUUCCUGACAUUCCUGUUUUUCACUAAAUUAAAUAAGCAUGGUAAUUUUUAUACCGCAUUCAAAUAUUUUCUGUUGCUUAAUCAUUAGGUCUUCUCCAGGGUGUUUCUGAAAAAAGGGUAACCAAACUUCAAAGGUCAGAUUUAUCAAUAAUGCAUGGAAUGUUAUUGUGAUUUAUAUAUUACAAUCCUGAGUAACCCAUCAAAUUUUAAUUGACACCCUGUGUGUAUCAACAUUGUCAGGGGGUCACAGAGUUAUAAUCCUUUGAAGGAGAAGGGUACAAAAGCUACCUUUUUCCAAUUUUUGGUUUGAACUUUUUAAGAGAGAUCAUGCACUCCCCUCCGUCACACAAGACCACACUCUCCAAAACACAGUGAACAGACAUCAUUCACACAACACACAUACAUGAUCAUCCCGACAAGCCAAAAUUAGAAAGGGAGGGACAGGAGUACAUAAAGCCCUCCACAAUUCUACUUAUAUAUUUGAUGUUUCUUUUUACAAGAGACAAAGGUUGUCUUUAUAAUCAGUGUUGUGUCUGAGGCCAAGGCUGACCCACCUGUGGACAAGUACAAUGCCGAAUUUUCCAAUACAACAAACGUGCAUGAAUUAGAUAGCUUGCAGCGCAUGUUAUUAGUGAAAUAUGGUUGGUAUGUUUUAGUAGUUCAUGGGUUCUGUGACAAACUUGACAAAUGAUGAAUUUAGACGGUAGUUUGUAGAUACAGACCAUCAGCUUUAAUGAACGUAUCUCCUUUUUUUCUGUUAUCUCUAACGGGGGCGCUCUUGCAACAUGCGAUACAUUACAUUCACCCCUUUGUUUUAAUUUUUUUUUUUCCAUAUUGAAAUAUUGAUUUUUGAAGAAAAACUGAGUCCUUGGUUUUUAAUAACUGAGUUCAACUGGGUAUAUAGUAGAUAAAAGUUCUUCAAAAUAAUAAAUUUCCGCUAGUAGUCUUGCAGUUUAUUUCACAUAUAUCAUAGGCUGUAAAAUAUUGUCCAAAACUUUGAGUUCUGUUCCGAGUGGCAGUUGUAAAUUAACUAAUCACAAUAAUAAAAAUGCUGAGUUUCCAAAUGGUCCUACAAAGAACUAAACUCUAGAAGUUUAUAACUAAAAGGUUUCUCAUGGAACGUAAACUAUAUGUAUAUACAAAAGUUUUGGGCUUGAUCUUAAGAAACUCCUCCUCCAGUUGCCAUCUAUGUGGACAUAUGAUUUCCUGGAAUUGUACUGGCAAUCGUCUUUGUCUGUGAUGUCUCUGACGACGAUCCCAAAGUGCAACUCGCUAAUUCUUGACAACCUUAAAGAUGAUAAUGAUCCAUAGUGUCAGCUAAAUUUCUCUUAGAAUCUGUGAUGUCUAGUGCAAUCAUAAGCAUCUCGAAUCUGGACAGCCAUUUCUUGGCAUUUGGUCCACUGCGGGCCUCAAUUUACUUCUGUUUCCACAAAUGGAGGUAAUGUUGGCAUACUGAAUGGAGUAGUCAUGAUUUGGCCUAAGUUUGAUUGGUUGAUUGUUUCUCAAUGUUCACUUGUUUCCAUCUACUGGUUAGUAUGUGUUAUGAGCAUGCAGUAUACUGUACUCACUGACUGGUCACGAAGUGAUAUUGCUUAUCACUGGUAUAGCAGCGUUGUCUCCCCGUAGCCCUGGGGGCCAUAGCCUGGUGCACAGCCAUGGUUGCUCGUACCGCACCUGCUGAUUUACAGUCGCAAUAUUUGACUUUGAGUUCAGAAUCUGGUCAAAACAGUCACAAUCCUUUUAGCCACUUACCCCUCAUCGCCAUUGAAAUGGUUGGUAUGUAUUAGUAGUUCAUGGGUCCUGUGACAAGAUUAGUGACUCGACAAAUGAUGAAUUUAGACGGUAGUUUGUAGUUAGUGACCAUCGGCUUUAAUCAACGUGUCUCUGCUUUUUCUGUUAUCUCCACCAGGGCGCUCUUGCAAUAUGCGCAUAGUUGUUGAAUAUGUAGUAUUGACAAAUAAUCGCAGCAACAAUUGCCAGGGUUUUAUGGUAAUUUUUCAUUUUCACAAUCAAUAAAUCAAAUAAAAAUAAGAAUGAAAAAAAAAAAGUUAUUUAAAUUUAUUUUGAAGACCCCCCCCCAAAAAAAAUGUUGAACAGAAAUGUUAAAAUGAGAAUACCAAGAGAUUUACGUAAUGGUGCACGUGCAAGAAAUUUUUUCUUACAGUCCUAGCAUGUACAUUGCAAAGUCGAGUCUACGUCACAUCACUGUCAGUGCCGCAUGCAUGCAGUGCAGCUGUGCUACAUCAAUUGGCUUUGACAUC